UACUCGUGAAGUCAGCAAUGAAGGGUCUUCUUCUGGGAACUCUUUUCGUCAUCGGCGCCAGUGCGUCAUCAGUGAUCUAUCCAUGUCCGGACAUCGGUUUAAUGCGUUUUGCUCACGCAACAUCGUGCACAAAGUACGUUCAGUGCAUCGCAGGUGUUCCAGUGAUUCGCGAAUGUGCCGAAGGACUUCGAUACAACAGAUUCACCAAUCAAUGCAGACUUCCCAAUCUCGCCAUUUGCAAUCAUGAUGAAUUCCUCUGUCCGCUGUUCGAUGAUCCCAACAAUUUGAUUUAUCUCUCUCACAACACGGACUGCUCGGUUUACUUCCUCUGCGACAGGGGCGUUCCUCGGAGAUUUGAGUGCGACACUGGCCUGCAUUGGAACAUCAGGAAUAACACUUGUGACUUCCCAGAGCGGGCAAAUUGUCGGCACGUAAACAUUGAUUGCCCGGAGGAUGACGUCACGAUGGUUCCUCAUCCCCAUCACUGCGACAGAUUCUUCCGCUGCGUUCUUGGCGAGCCGCACGAGGCCAGAUGUCCUGAUGAAAAGUACUUCGAUGCCAUUCUCGGACAGUGCUAUGAUCGGAACUACGCCACUUGUUUCCUACCUUCACCGCCCAUUAACACCACUCCAACUCCGCCAGUCAACACAACUCCCACGCCUCCAGUUGUCACGACGCCAGGAAUGAAGACAUAACUUAGUGCUAAUCUUUUGAAUAAAACUCAGCUUGAAUUGAAGAAGUUAAAAGCUCAAUGAAUGCUUGCAUCAAAAAUCAUACAUUGGAAGAUUUCUUAGUCAAAACAAGCAUUAGAGAUUGUUUUGAGGAUCCAAAACCGAACAUUUCAUCCAGCUCACUUUCUAAAAUAAUUUCAAAUACACCAUUAAUAAAGUGAUA